CCGGUGGCUGGGGGGGGGCUCUGAGCGGGAGUCGAACCCGGAGCCACGCAAGUGCCCUAGCUACAAACGUAUCCCCGGUACGGGCAUCACAGUGGACGCGUUCAGCUACGGCUCUGUUGAAGGCUGCAGCCUUUACUUCCUCAGCCACUUCCACUCGGAUCACUACCACGGACUCAGCCGCUCCUUCACUCACCACGUCUACUGCAAUCAGGUGACGGCUCGCCUCGUGGCGCUGCGUCUCUCCGUGUCGCCGUCCCUGCUCCACGUCCUGCCCAUGGGCGUGGCCACCAGGGUGGGGGACAGCAAACUCACACUGCUGGACGCCAACCACUGCCCAGGUGCUGCCAUGCUGCUCGUUGAGCGCCUCGACGGCCGCCGCUUCCUUCACACCGGAGACUUCCGUGCCACGGACGCCAUGGCGGAGCUGCAGCCGCUGCGGGACGGAGCCCGGAUACACACCCUCUACCUGGACAACACGUACUGCAGCCCCGAAUUUUGCUUCCCCUCUCAGGAGGAGGCGGUCGAGGCGGUGGCGAUGCUGGCGGUCGAGGCACUGGCGCUUGACCCGUCCACCCUCUUCGUGGUGGGCUCCUACACCGUCGGCAAGGAGAAGGUCAUCAUUGCCGUGGCCGAGGUGCUCAACUGCAAGGUGGCCGUGACGCCUGACAAGUUGAGGAUCCUUCGCUGCCUCGACCUGGAGUCUCUGGGCGCCCAGCGACUCACCACCAGCUGGGCCUCCACUCAGCUCCACGUCCUGCCCAUGGCUCGGCUCACCCUGCAGGGCCUGGCACGUCACCUCGCCGGCUUCCCAGGCCGCUACGGCCGCCUCGUGGCCUUCAAGCCGACCGGCUGGGCCUACAGCGGCACCGCCCCACGGCCACAGACGCGGGGCAACGUCACCAUCUACGGCGUCCCGUACAGCGAGCACAGCAGCUAUUCCGAGCUCCGCCAGUUUGUGCGUCGCCUGGCGCCCAGCCGCGUGGUGCCCACCGUGAUGCCAGCACCCACGGCAACGCGGAGGGCGCUGGCACGCUGGCUCGGAGAGGGCCCACCCUCGCCGCCCCCCCAUGCUGUACCAGGACCGCCUGGGCCGCUGGUGUGGAUUCGUGGACCUCCUCCUCCCCGUGCAGGCCGAGGGGGACGAUGCAGCGGCAGGGGGCGCCGGACGCUUCCUCCGCCGUUACCUCCUCCUGGAGGAGUCGGCCAACCAGCUCUGCUGCUACGUGGACCAUCCCUCGAAUCUUCCCAGUGGCGCCACCGCCAUGGAGAGCAUCAACAUCAACCACAUCUCCACUGUGAGCCCUGCGUCCGUCCUCCGCUCGAAGGUUCCCUUCUGCUUCGUGAUCAAUGGGAUGGAGACGCGGUGGGUCGUGCAGGCGGAUAACGAAGACGACCUGGAAGCCUGGGUUCAAGUCCUCAACGAGGCCUGCAAGAUCACGGUGCCCAAGGAUCUGAAGGUGUCCUCGGAGGUGCCUGAGGGUCCUCACCGUACGGAGGUCAUCGCUGGUGUGGUCGUCCACUUGCCCAUGGGAC